UCGACACAGCAAACAUGGCAGCGCUCUUGAGAUCAGCCCGGUUCCUCAAUUUUUCGCCUUCGGGCUUGCUCCAAAUCGUGGGGACCAGAAGAACCGGACCGCCACUCAGUCGGCUGUACAGCGGAACUAUCGGUGUUGGCAGGACGGGAGUUUUGACCCGACAACAGUGUCCUAGUGUGGAAAACGCGUCCAGCCAUGUGUGGCCACGUGUAGCUGGAUGCGUCCGCAACUAUGUCGUCGCCACAGAGAAGAAGGACGAGUUUAGCGUCGCGGUGCGGUCCAAGCAGGCUCAGCAGUUCGACUGGGCCCUAGCCAAACUGGAUAGUUCAGUGAGAAGAACCGGUCGCAUCACCAAGACCCUGCUGCUGCGCAUCUUCCACGACAUCUGCAGGACAGGUUAUCCCAGUGGUAACCAGGCCCUGCUACUGCUGCGUAGCUGUGGCUCUCUGCUUCCGGAAAUGGGCCUGGAGGAGCGCACCGAGCUGGCUCAUCGCAUCUGGGAGAAGCUGCAGGAACUGGGUACGCAAUAUGACGUGAGUCACUACAACGCUUUGCUGAAGGUGUACCUGCAGAAUGAGUUCAAGUUCUCGCCCACCGACUUCCUGGCCAAGAUUGAGGCGGCCAACAUCCAGCCAAACAGAGUUACCUACCAGAGACUCAUUGCUGCCUACUGCCAAAAUGGAGACAUUGAAGGUGCCAGCACCAUUUUGGGUUUCAUGAAGAGCAAAGACCUCCCCAUCACUGAAGCCGUUUUUAAUGCGCUGGUAACAGGCCACGCUCGUGCAGGAGACAUCGAGAGCGCAAAAAACAUCCUGUCUGUCAUGCGGGGAGCUGGAAUCGAGCCGGGUCCCGACACGUUUGUGUCUCUGCUGAAUGGGUACGCCGAGAAGGGAGACAUGGACAGUCUGAAGAAGACGUUGGAGGAGGCGGAGAACGCCGACUGCAGUCUGAUGGACCGAGACAUCAUGGAGGUGAUCUUCACGCUGGCCAAGGCCGGGCAUCAGCAGCACAUCCCCGAAAUUGUGGAGCAUCUGAGGCACGAGAGAGGUUACAUUCCAGACGCGAUGAACUUGUGUCUGAGCCUCAUCACUCAGGGCCACAACGACACGGCUUUCCUCAUCCUGAGAACGUUUCCCAGCCUUCAGUCAGACGACAUGAACGCUGACUCGGCCAACCUGGGAAACUUCUUCCUGAGACACUGCAUUAACAUGGACACGCCACUAGAGAAGAUCAGUCACUACUGCAAAGAGCUGCAGGAUGCCAACAUGCACACAUCACCUCUCAGCUUCACUCUGUCGUGCGCCCUGGAGGCCAAGAAGACUGAUGAGUCUUUGGAGCUGAUGAAGAAGAUGAAAGAACAGAAUUUACCCAUCAGACCCCACUUCUUCUGGCCCCUGCUGACCCAGCAUACCAAGGACAACAAUGCAGCUGGUGUGGUGGAGGUGAUGAAGGGCAUGCAGGCACUUGACGUCACCCCAGACCUUGACACCGUAUCAAGCUACAUCCAUCCGGUCUUCCCUAGCGUUGAGGCAGCUCGACAGGUCUUCAAGGAUGCAGGCAUCUCACUGGAAUCGGAGGGUUUCUUAACUUCGGAGAUUCGCUUGAUGGCUUCACGCAACCUGGCUCAACUCUGUACUUUGUUGUCAGAGCCCUCCCACCCUUCACUGGACCUGGGGAUUUUCCGCGGCAGCCUCAUCCAGGGCUUCAGAAAGUCUGAUGACAUGGAGAGUAUGUUGAAGAUCACCGAGCUCUUGUAUAAGGAUGAACGCUUCAGCAAAACCGGCACUAAACCUGCAGACACGGUCUCCUACUUCCUGUACAAUCUGAUUGACAGCAUGUCAGAGAGCGAUGUGCAGGCGCAGGAAGACAAACUGCGGAAUUAUUUCAACCAGCUGAAGGCUCAGAACAUUAUCAUCUCUGCAAAUAUCUACAGAGGCAUACGAAACCUGCUAGAGUCUUGCCAUGUUCCAGAGCUCAUCAAGGAUGUGAUCGUGUUGGUGGACCCAAAUGAGCGAGUGUCGAACGGUCCUAUGUCAACAGCGCCCCGCCUGACAGGUCUCGAGGGGAAGGUCUCCUUUCUGGAGGCUAAGCUGGCUGAGCUAAAAGCGGAAAACAAACCUCUGGCUUCAAUGCUGAAGCAAAUCAUCCAGGUUCUCUCGGCUGAGGAGAACCUGCAGCGCGCUCUCGAACUGAAGCAGCAACACGAGGACGAGAUGAGCGUCGGGGCCUACGCCGUCCUCAUCAACCUGUGCUGCCGCCACAACAAUGUGGAGGAGGCGCUCAACCUGAAGAGGGAAAUGAGUCGCCAGGAUUCAUCGGUGGGACUGGAUGCCAGUAAAUAUAUUGCACUUGUCAAGGUGCUCGCUAAGAAUGGCCGGGUAGAAGAGGCUGUGGACAUCCUGAAAGAGAUGAAAGAGAAGGACGUGGCGCUGAAUGACAGCCACGUCACAAUGCUCUUCCACACACUUAACGCCGCAGUAUCCAAAGGCGCCCCUGUGGUUCGGCGCCUCCAGGACACCAUCUUCACUCUUGGGCUGGCCAAGCCCAGUGCCAAUCUCUGUGCGCCCCUGGUCAGCUCCUAUUUUGACAGUAAUGACCUCCCCGGAGCUCUGGACGCAGCACUGGAGUGUCAGAAGCGCUAUGGCCACCUGCCACGCAUCCAUGACAUCAUCGUCAGCCUGGUGGAGAAGGGAGACACGGAGCUCCUGCAGAAAGCCAUGGACGUGGUGAGCCAAGAGCGCGGAGAGAUGACGAUGCUGUACGACCUGUUCUUCGCGUUCUUGCAGACAGGGCGCUACCGUGAGGCUCGUAAGAUCAUCGAGACCCCUGGACUGAGGGCAAGGCCUGGGCGCCUGCAGUGGUAUGCAGAGAAAUGCAUUUCCAACCAGCAGAUGGAGGUCCUGGAACAGUUGGUGGAAAUGACCUCCAAGUUAUUUGAGUGUGACCGUGACGAGAUGUACUGUUAUCUCCUUCGUCUCUGCAAGGAGACCAACGACUGGCAGAGGGCUGAGGCCGUGUGGACAAAGAUCCAAGAAGAGAACAUCAUUCCCCGGGAGAGGACACUUCAUAUGCUAGCUGACGUCCUGAAGAGUAACGGCCAGGAGGUACCCUUUGAGGUGCCUGAGACUUGGUAUGAACAAGCUGCCAACACACAGCAGGUCAAACCAGAAACACCCCCCAGAGCUGUGGAAAGUGGCCCCCAGUAUCAAAUGCGACUUCUGGCCCUCUGCAAGAAGGGAAAAGCCAAUGAGGCCUAUAGGAUGCUGAAGGAAGCGGACAAAAAGGGUGUGGCCUUGGGCCCUGCCUCAUACGACCACGUGAUCCGCACCCUGCUGGCCGGAGGAGCUUUGGAGGACGCCACGGCGGUCAAGGACAUUGCCCAGUCUCGUGUGCCAGGCUUCCAGCUGAGCGACAUCGCCAACAGUUUACUCGUGGUCACACAGAGCAAGCGAGGCCAGACUAAAGAUGCAUUGGAGACUCUCAAGUCGAUGCUGCAGCAGGACCUCGUCCCAUCACAGCUCGCCAUCACCAGGCUAGUACAGGCCCUCGGCAGCCAAGGCGAUGUCGCUGCCAUUACGGAGGUGCAGUCAUGCAUGGAGAGUCUCGGCACGAGCCUUAACCUCUCCACCAUGUUGUUCAUAAACAACAAGGCCCUGGCUCACAUCAGGCAGGGUGAUUUGGAGUCAGCAGUUGAGAUGCUUGAAGAAGUUUACACCAGUCCAGACAGCAAAAGCCCCAGUAUGGCCUUUGUGUUCCGGAAAGUUUUGGAGGAAGACAACGACAAAGCUAUCGACAAGUUGAGCGCUAUGGCCGAGCGGCUGGCCAACCACUUUGCCUGUUGCAGACCGGCUUCAGAUCUAUUCCUCAACCUUCUGGACUUGGGCAAAGUAGAGGAUGCCAAGUUCAUGCUGGCUAGGGUCACCGCCUUGGCUGAGCAGAAGGAAGUGCUGAUGUCUUUCUUGGCUCGAGCGUCUCAGCGGCCAGGACAGGUGGACAAAAUCAAGACCUUGCAGAACCUGAUCCCUGACUUUGUUGAGAAGGAAGUGCUGUACCCAUACUUGAUGAAGUGUCAUGUCAUGGACAAAGACCUGGCGUCGGCUAAGGCUCUGUACGAGCGCAUGCAGCAGGAGGGGCUGGUCGUGGAUGAGCUGUCACUCAAGCGGCUGGCUGUGUUGUAUCGCAACGCGGGAGAGACGGCGCCAUUCCCCGAGCCCUCUGAGUCGUUCAAGUUCUACGCUGACAAACUGAAAGAGAGGACGGUCAAAGUGCAACCUGUAGAAGAAUAAAGACCUAACCCUGCCCCUUUCAUAGUCAUCCCUCCAUUUUUUAUACAUUAUGUAAAUGGUGUUCCACUAUCUUGUCCUCUGCUAUCAAGAUGACUGUGAUAACCGUGUACAGACGUAUUUAUCCUAAUAAAUGACAUUAGAAAUCCA